GGUCCAACUGGCUUCAGAUGGUGUGUGUAUGUGCGUGUGCCUGCCUUCUGAGCGUGAGACGAGCUGGGAUCAUGAGCCAGGGUUGUUCCAAGUGGUUUUAAUCAGCAGCCCAUUAGAGGAGAAUGGAAAACUUCUAACAGGAUAAGAACUGAGUUGUUCCUGUAUCCCUCAUGGAAGGGUUCUUUACAGACUUCUGCUCCUUUGGAAGCUGCAACUUCUGGCCAGGCACUAUGAAAGAAUUCAGAAGUAGAAAUGGAGAAAACUGACUAGUUUUGGAAAAUACAUGCCUUUGCUUUUUUUAUCCUGGCAAAAAGCGGCUUCUUUACUGAAUCUACAAUGUGGCAAAGGAUGAAGUGAGGACAGCAGCGAGGCCAUGGUUUGUGGUCAAGUCCCCAGGUGCCGUAGACUUUGUCGCCCUCGGCCCUUCCUUCUGGCCUUAGUGGUGGCCAUCUGUCUGUUUUGCCAGACCCUGACUCCUCUCAUGACCAGCAGCUUCCUUUCAGCAGUUGUUAAUGGGAUUUCACCAAACAAACAGACUAAAACACAGCAAGGAAGAUACAAGGAGGUCUCCACAAGCAACACUCACUGCUUCCCCCCUGUCAAUAAUUCGCAGACAGUGAAAAAGAUCGAAGACUCCAUUCUGCAGUACUUUGGAAGCCAUACAAGAAGAGCAGUUCUGUAUGCUCCUCCUGCCCACAGUAAAAUCGAACGUCAGGUCUGUCAGCGCAUCCUGGCACAACAUGGAUAUACAGUUACAGUUCUUGAAAACAGGAGACUGAUGGAAGGGCCCAAACAUGAGAGCCAUUAUCACAGUGACCUGAGCUCUUGGGAUCUUCUGAUUUGCUUGUCUUCCAGAAAAACUGAUGGUAGUAGCUGCUUUCAAAUAGAUGACUUGCAUCAUCUAGAGUUAUUCCAGAAGGUAAACCUACUUCCGGAAAUUCAGUAUUUCCUUUGCAGAAAAGAAGGAUUAUGUGAGAUAACAAAAGCCUUUUCAGAAUUGCACCUCCCAAUUGCCACCCCAGAAUGCUCUGGUCAGCCUGGGAUGUCAAAGACCAGCACCACAGGCAACAUGUCUCAGGCUUGGAAAAACAAUGACAAGACACAUACUGCACAGCCGUGGUACUUGUGGAACCAGACCAAUAGUGCACAGCUGAAUCAGCUGUCAGCUCCACUAGACCACAGCAACAUCCUUAAAGCUCAAGACUUUUCUGUCAUUAUCAAAGCAUAUGUGCUAGUCACGUCCUUAACACCUUUGAGGGCUUUCAUUCAUUCCAGUGGCACUGUCUGGUAUCCACGCAAGAAGAAGCAUUUUUCUGUAAAGCUGCAAAGAUUUUUUGAGGUGUUCUUCAAAAGCAGUUCUCCCCAGCAAGCCUUUAACAACAUGAAGGAAGCUAUAAGCAAACUCCUACUGAUAACUGAGGUCUUCAGUGAAUCAUCCGCCUCAGGACCAAAUUCUUUAAAUCAAUGCAGCCAAUGUUUUCAAAUGCUAACCUUUGAUAUUGGAUUCAACAUCUCUAUAUACCCAGUAGUUCUUGAGGUGCAUGAUAACUUUGAUUUUCAAGAUGAAGAUGAGUUGAAUAUUCAGGACCAAACUUACAGGGAAUUUAUUUUUGAAGAUACUUUAAAAUUUCUCUUAUCUAACGAAACCUCAACUUCCAGUUUCAUAGAAGCUUUACAAAACAUAUAUGGAUCAACUACGAGCAAGGAUGGAACCUACCAGAAAGAAGAUGAACAAUGUUUAUCUUUAGAAGAAAUAAAUUCAAUUAAUAGUUUUGUAAAAGAGCUGAAGAAUCUUGGACAAUUUAAGCUGCUUUACCCAUCUGCUGCACCCAAAAUCCAAACUUUGCUGCAUGACCUUUAUCACCUGGUAGACCCAAUGAGGCGUCUUGGUUCAGUCUUGACUGUACAUUGGUUGCUUUCCAGUUUACUUGAAAAGUUCCAGUUCAUGACAAAGGAGUCACAUACAAAUUUUGCAGAAUGGAGAAGCAGGAAGAGUUCUAGAAACUCAUCUCAAACUAUAAUGAAGUGGUUAAAGGCCAGGAAUCCUUCUGCAGAAAAUGAGAGUAUUAAGCAGAGUGCUCCUUUUGACUUAAGGAAGAAUCAGGAAGCAUUGCAAUAUUCCAACAAUAUUAGAGAAAGACAAUGCAGUUAUGAUAAAGAUACCCUAUCUCAUAUCAGGCAGAUCUUCAGCAGUCCACAGCUGGACUUGAAUCCUCAAUUUAACCCAAGGAUCAAAGAAUACUACACAGAAGUCCCAUUUGACAUGGUAACAGUGAAGAUUGGAGCAGAACCCUCUAACUGUCAGUGUCAUGUACACCUUGAUGAGAAGAAAGGACCAAGCAUUGCAAACUACCCCCUUGGCCUUGGAUUGAACAAAGUCAUCGUUCUUGUAACAGAUGAUUCGCAACCCAGCCCUCAGGUUGUGAGCAGCUAUAAAAUCACAAUUUAUCGAGAGGACCGCCCUAGUCUGCCUUUGUUUGAUGACUAUAUGAUGUGUGGUUUUGUGCAGGACUGUGGCUCUCGAAUUCGUCCAGAGGAGUCCUGUGGCUUGCAGCCUCUGUCUCCUGAGUACCUCUCAGCAGUUUCACAGACAGUGUUUAAGACCUGUGAAGCUGGAGACAUAGAAGGGCAGUGGAUUGUCCCUUGCCUGAGCUGCUCUGACAACAGGACCUGUGACUGGAGGGAAAUCACAUGGCAGCCACAUGGCUGCCAGUACUCCGUGCUAGCCCGGCCUGAGCUCCAGCAGUGUGUCGAGGGCAGAAGGAUUCUUUUCAUAGGUGACUCAACUAACAGAGGAAUGAUGUACUAUCUAAUAGAAAGAGUGAAUAAGACUCUUCAGGAAUGGCAAAAGACUCAUGAUAUUAAAUGCUAUCAUAAUAUCAAUGAGGGGAAAACAUUUAUUAGUUACUCCUACUAUCCCCAGUUUUGGAUGAGUGUAAAUGAGAGACCAACAUUUGAGAAAGCACUAGAACAACUGCUGCAGAGAUCGCAUCCCCUUGAGAACACACACCAGACAGUAUUAAUUGUAGGUGGUGUUCAGUGGCUUAAUUCUAAUCACCUGCAAAUCAUUCAAAAGGUGUUGAAGAGGGAGAAUCUAUCAAAUAUUCUGGUAAUUAUCAAAUCUAUAGGGAUGGGCUUUCACCUACCUGUGGAUGGAAUACAUUCUUUAUCACAGGCAGAAGUGCAAAAAUUAUGGAACGAAAACUUACUUAUUCUGGAUACAGCAAAAAAUUAUGGUUAUGAAGUUGUUGAUACUUUUAUCAUCACAAUGGGACGCUACAAAGAGUUCCUGCAAGGGAAGUGUGGAUGUCAUUUCCAUGAGGUGGUGAAAUCUAAUCCUUCUGAAGAAAUUCCUCACAUAACAAUGACAUUAUCAAGGCACUCUACCCUGGGGAAAUAUAUCAGCACUCAAAGCAAGCGAUCACAACUGCAGGACUAUGCAACAAAUUCUCGGUCCCCAUAUCAUGUCCGAGGUCCAAUAAAUCAAGUUUAUUCUGAAAUCCUCCUCAACAGGCUCUGUGCAAGGAAAAGAGAGCUUGUCAGCAAAUAACCUGUCUUGGAUGAAGCACUGGGACUAGAGACAUGCCACUACCCAUGUGACAAUCUAAGGAUCAUGGUGAAUGAACCACACUGAGUUGUUGCACACAUACCAACAGGGUUGAAGACAUAUGGCUUUUUUCCUAAACUUUAUGAAAUCAUUGUAUGUGCCCUGGCAGAUCUGUGGUUUGGAAAUGGAAGAUGGAGAAAUGCAGAAGAGAGAAGAGGGGAAGUUACUUGAGCUGUUGCCAAGUGCUAGAACAGCUGUAGCUCAAGCAACUGUGUUUUAAUGAUAGUAAAGAGAGAGAGAAAUAUAUACACUUGAAGUAUUUGGAAAGGACUGCUUUAACUCUUUAGCAGUAUCUAGUUUUCUAUUUAUAGAGUCACUGUAAUAUUUUAAUUUGUUUAGAAACCACUUACAUUCCAUUUUAAAGUGCUUUAUUUUAUGUGGGUAUGUUCCCUUUCAAUAUCAGUCUUUUAUACUUUGACACUUGGUUUACACAAUUUGAAAAAGUCUAUUAACAUUUUGCUGAGAACACUAACUUUUGAACUGAAACCACACCCCAUCUUGCUAUUUUAGAUGGAAUAGAAGAGAUAUCUACACUAUUUUUGCCUAUUCUAAUGUAGAAAUAGGUUACUUGGAUUUGAGACUGGUUAUAACUUUCUCGAUGUCACGUGUAAAUAUAGUGAAUACUUUAAUAAACCUUAUUUAUAGUCUCAGUUUAGGAGAGUAAUCAUGUUCAAUAAAACUGUUUAGUAUGUGCUUAAGUGUCUGCCUUGGCCUAUGAGCCAAACAAGUAUUCUCCUGUGUGGAGGUUCCCCUUUUUAAUGAUUUUUUUUUGAUUAAAUAAUUGCUAGCGUAUAAAGCUGGUACCAUAAGCAAAAGAAAAAAUGCCUUUUCAAGCACACAUAAGAACUUCAUAAUCUGUUUUUUAAUUUAUCAUGAAAAGGAGUACAUGAUGUGGAAGCUCUGCAUCUCAUGCUUGACAGGAGCAGAACCUCUCCAAACACAAGUUUCAUGCCAUAGCUCAUCUACAUUACCAAUAUUUCCAGGCCUUUUUAGGUAAAACCCCAGGAGGAGGUGUGGGGUGUCUUGUCUGCUUAUCCCCAGCCACAAUGUUGGUAGCACUCAUUCCCAACUGUGAUGGGAAGCCCAGUUAUGGCAAAGGCUCAACAGUAGGAUGGUGAACUAAAGGCCAUAGAGAGUAAAGCCCCCUGAACAUACUCACUUCACCAAUUAUUUCUGUGCUUGGUCUCCCAGGCCCUUUAGCGUUUUCCAUUGUGGUGUGCAGGCCGUGUUAUGACAGGGAAAGGCUGCAUGGUCCCCAUCAGAACUGUGGCUGUAGCUAACUCUGACUACCUGAAUGUGAACAAAUAUUUUUUAAAAAUCUGACAAAGCUAGGUCCUGAUGUGCUUUGCCAUAAUCUUAAAUGACUUAAGAGGAAGCUAUGUGACUUUGUACAGUUAAAAAGCAGCAGGAACAGUUAACAAGUUAAAAAAAAAAAAAAAAAAAAAAAAAAGCCCUUCAAGAAUAAAAAUCCAGUUCUGCUGCCAGGGAGUUGGUGUUCAAGUCAUCACUUUCCCCCAUCAUGAACAGGACAGGGGAAUCAGAAUCAGGAAAGUCUGAGUCUAGUGGAGGAUCUACAGAGCUCUGUAGCAUGUUUCCCCCUACACAAUUUUUAUCCAACUCUCCACUAGCUUCUACUAUCUUUGGGAAAGGAAGAGGCAAGCAAGGUCGGUGAAGACAUGAAUUACAGUGCAGAACCAAACGCUAUCUUCUUACCCUUAGUAGUACAUAGAAGAACUGCCUUAUAACAAAAAAAAAACUAGAAAUUCAUGACACCAGUUCUAGGAUUUGCUAAAGAUCCUUAAAUCCAACAUAGUGUGUAUCCCCAUCUCAAAUAUUGUGAAUUCUUGCUCCUUCAGAUAAGGUAUAUGGGGACAUGAUGGGAAUAGCUGUGCAGUUUGGUUUAGAUACCUCAAUCAAGAGUCUGGCUUCCCUAAGUGGUCAGAGGAUCCUCAACAAGAGUAUCAAGCAUAGCUAAACUAGGAGUCAUCACUCUGUAUUGACAAAGCUCCGAACGGAGACAGUGUCACUGCAUGCAGUAGGAGAGUGUGAAUAUCUGCAUUUCUCUGUAAUUACACUGCUGUUGUGCUUACAGCAAAUGUCCCUGAACUUCUGUAAAAGAUUUUCCCUGACGUGGAGCCUCACCUGAAAGAGAAGUAAGAAACUGUACCUAAAUACUGAAAAUGUCAGCAUUUGGUUACGAUCAGUGUGAUUGUCUGAUUAAUAUAACUCUGUGUAAUAAUGUAAUAUAUAAUCUUGGGGUCUGGAACUCUAGCAUAACAUUAAAGUUGAAGGAUUUAAUAUCAUGCUAUUAAUAUCAGCACAUGCAAAUUCCAGCCAAAUGUCUUUGUUAUUAAGGUGAUCAAUGAUAGGUAUAUUGCAUUAUAUUUUUGUUAAGUUUUAUAGCUUGCUUAAAUCCACAUGCUGUUGCUGUUAUUUUCUGUACACAAAUGCUCUUAAGACAUGAACUGGGUUUUAUGAUUUUUUAUUUUUAUCAAAGACUAUUGCUAAAGCAUCAGCUAUAAUGAUGAAAAGGAAAGAACUGACUUUGUUAUACUGUAGCUGAUACUGGCAAAUGUGCAGUUUAUCACUUGCAGUUUAAUCAAAAAGAUAGUUUACAUGUGCUGUACACCUAGAUGUCUUAAUGUUGUUCAGAUCUUAAUAUUAUUUCAAAUGGAUCAAGUUGAGAUUUUCCUUUAUGCUUUCUAUUUUUAAUUAUUCAUAUGUGUAUGUGUUUGUGUGUGUGUGUGUACAAGCCACUGGUACAAUUUGCAGACUGAUCUUUAUUUAAAUGUGCCCUUUGAAUAGUUUUUUCCAUCAUCAUAUAUGAUCUGUGUAGUCUUAGGACUAAACAGAGGGAAUGCAGACUACACAUAAGGUACCAAAGCACAUUUUUCAUUAUUUAACUUUAAAGUAUAUCUAGCAUCUAUUGCUCUGUGAAAGAAGAGACUGAGAUUAAAUCACAUGGAGGUAUCAUUUGUUCAUACAAAUUCAAAUUUUCAGAUUAAGACAAUAAAGGAAUUACUAUGCUUGAA